GUAGAUUUGGCGGAACUUGGAGAUGCUGUUUGCGUCACAAGCAAGUUUAGCAGAAGACGUAUGAUACACUAGAUGAGACAGUCUUAAGGAGCUGGGUCGGAGACAAGACCGAGAGAAAUGGAGGAGGAUAUUAGAAAGAAGGGGAUGCUGUAUUUACAACAGCAGCGGUUUGGGAAGAAAUGGCGUAAGGUCUGGUCUGUGCUGUACCGAGAGAGCUCCUGCUCCAUCUCUCGCCUCGAGUUUUUUGAGUUUAAAGAUGGAGCUGGCAACAUGCUGGAGAAAGCCAAUCGCAAACAGGAAAACAAAAAGGUGAUAAAAAUGAAUGACUGCAUUCGUGUUUCGGAGGCUGAUGUUGAAGGCUGUCCACGGGAUUGUGGACCUUUUUUGGUGGAGACAACUGAAAAGACAUUUAUUUUCGCUGCUGAAACUGUUGAACUUGAGGACUGGAUCCAGAAACUGUGUGAAAUCGCCUUUCCGAUGAGCUGGACAGAGAGAGGAGCAGCGAGAGGAAACCGUUUACAUGCUGAAUCUGAUGACGUCACGAUGGCGGACAACACUCUCUACUGCAGCAGAGAAACUGCAAUGAAAGACUUUAAGGUGACGGUGAGGCGUACAGAGGCUUCUGAGAGAUGCAGCCUGAAAGGAACAGUGCUGUUACGGACUGAUUUUGAUAGCCUCCUUCUGAAGGAACCGAAGACGGGAGAGGUUCUCUACUCCUGGCCCUACCGCUUCCUCCGCAGGUUCGGACGAGACAAGGCAACAUUCUCCUUUGAGGCUGGGCGAAGAUGCGACUCGGGGGAAGGCAACUUUGAGUUCGACACAAAGCAAGGAAACAGCAUCUUCCAAUCUGUAGAGGCCGCCAUCAAUCUACACAGAGUCAAUUUACCUCAGAAGCAGAUAUCAAGUGGGGAGCGAGAUACCAUGCCCCUUUCACCUCAAAUGAGAGCUGUGGCAGAGGAUGCAGGUAUCUACAGUGUGGUGACUGACGGAGCAAUCAGAGACGGACCUAAACAACCACAGAACCCUCAGCAAACCAGACUUGAAGCCCCUGCAGAGAAACUUCUGACCGGAGUCAAGAGCCUGACCCUGGACACCAGGCCUCCGCCGCGAAAGAGCCAGGUCAAGAACUUCCGCAGCUGUCCUUUGGUCAACAGUGAGGAUGAGAUGUAUUCCCGGGCCAUGGCCCCUGAUCCAGAUCGGGGAAGUCCAGGGGAGAAGAGAGAACCAAAAGAACGACGUUCCACAUGCUCCAACCCCGAGGACUCUGACUACUCGCUGCCCUUUGACACCAUUGCCAAGAACGUUCUGGGAGACAUUUUGUCUGCAUCAAACCCUCCACCCAUGUUCGUAGAACCCAGUUGUGAAAAUGACAAGAAAGGCAAUAUAGAAAACACAGAACCACUUUAUGACAUUAUAGAUGAAACUGCAAUCAGAACCCGUUUCGCAAACAGAAAAACACAUUCUUACAAACGAGUGGAGCACAUUUAUGAUGAACCAGAGGGUUGUGGUGUGGCCCCAAGUGUGCCUCCAUCGCUCUAUGAUGAACCGGAGGAGGUCAAAGGUCAUGCUUGGAAGAUGUUGGGUACAGUAAUGGAUCCGAGCGGUCACGAGUACCCAUACAAUGCUUCUGCCGACGACUAUGCGGUUCCUAAACCUCCCAGGAGGGCCUUGCUUUCAAAGCAGAAGGACAAUGAGGAAGAGGACAGUUCACCCUAUGAUAACAUUAUGGUGAAAGGAGUGCAAAAGAAUAACUAAGGACUGCUUCAGAAUCUAAAGAGGACAAUGAAGUUGUGUGCGAAUGAAUGAAUGAAUGAAAUAUUUAAUCAAUUAAUAUGCAUAAUAUGGAUAAUAGUCAUCAGAGUGCUUUACUGUUCUUCAAAAAGCUGUGAUCUGCAACACGUAUCAUGAUGUUGGUCAAUAUGAUUAACAGUUCAAUUCCUCUCUGGGGGUGAAUCAUUGUAGCCUAACUUUAACCAAAUGCGCUAAAAUUGCACUGUAAUGCGAAUGUUUAAAUUGUCAUUAUUUGAAUCACAGACACACACUUUUUAUGUAAAUUAGGCUUGUUUUAGUUAUUAACAUUGCGCUAUAUUGAUCAUGUGAACGUUUAUUCUUCAAAUGAUGGUAAAGUGUGAAAUAAUCGCUGUUUAUUCAAACGAGCACACUUUUGGCUGUUUAAGUGCACCCGUAAUCCAUAAUCAUCUAAAUGCACUAAAAUAGCCAUACGCAGUGAAUAUUCUUUGUGCAAACACUCCUCUUUUUGUGUAAAUUAGGCUAAUUAUAGACGACACCUUAUUCACAACAUGCAUUGCUAUUUUCCAGCGCAAUUAACAUUGCAUUAUCUUGAUCAGGUGAACAUUUAUUUGUAAAAACUUUAUUUAUAUAGAGCACACUUUUGGAUUUUUAAAGAACGCCUGUAAUCCAGUUGAACCAGUAAAAACUAAACUAAACUAAACCAAUAAUUAAAUAUGUAAAAGUAGCGAUGCGCAGUGAAUGUUAUGUUUUAAAGUGCCUCAUUUUAUUGCCUCUUUUUAUGUAAAUUAGGCUCAUUAUAGACUGCACCUUCUUCACAACUUGCAUCGCUAUUUGCCAUUGCGAUUAUCGUUGCAUUAUAUUUAUCAUGAAUAUUUAUUCAUAAAGUGUUAUUUAUUUAGAUGAGAACCACCCACAAACCAGUUUAUUUAAUAUAAUAAGACUGUGCGGUCUUGUGACUGUUUAAAUCUUUUUAUGUAAAUUAGGCUCAUGAUAGAUUGCACAUUAUUCACAACACGCAAAGCUAUUUGUCGGAGCAUUUAACGUUGUGCUGUAUUGAUCGAGAACAUAUAUUUGUCAAAAGUUGGUAAAGUGUGAAAUAACUGGGCAUUUAUUCACACUUUUAGUUUUUUUUAAUGAGCACCCAAAAUUUUGUUAAACCAGUUGCUAAAUGCAGUAGCGAUGCGCAGAAUAUUAUUUAUGUGAUGUGCAAACACAUCUUUUAUGUAAAUUAGACUGCACCGUAUUCACAACUUGUAUUGCUCUUUGCCAUUGCGAUCUUCGUCGCGUUAUAUUAGUCGUGAAUAUUUAUUCAUCAAAUUUAAUUUCUUUAGACAAUCCCACUUUUGGCUUUUUGAUGAUCACCUGCAAUCCAAUUUAACAAGUAGCUAAAUGUGCUAAAAUAGCAAUGCGCAGUUAAUAAAAAAAAAUUUGAGCUCAAGUGUGCUUAUUUUACGUCAUUUAGGCUCAUUAUUGACUACCUUUUUAACUAAUUUGCCAGUGCUGUUAAGAUUGCAUUACUUAACCAGUUUAGUUUAGCCAGUCGCUAAUUGCACUAAAGUAGCGAUGCGCAGUAAAUAUUCUUUUUUUUUUAAAUUCAUCUCUCCUUACUAUGUAAAUUAGGUUCAUUAUAGAUAACGUUUUAUUCACAAAACUUUCACAUUUUAAAGGAACAAUUGAGGUGUCUAAAUCUGUGAAGUAUAGCAGAAUGUUGUAGUCCGCUGUAUUCACCACAACAGUGCUUAGAACCAAUCCUUAAGACCUGCAUUUGCGUUCAGCCCACAUUCUGUGGACGUGUUUGCACUGUUAACUGAUUUGCAUAACCACAACUGGUAAAACAGCGCUAUCAGCAGGCACGGUGCAUUCUUAGUGAAUUCCCCAUUAAGUGUCCUAAUAGCACACGAGCGUACUAUGACCUUCACUAUCCACAAAGGUGAAGUUGAUUUUAUCCGGUUGUAAAUCAAAGAGUAAUUUAGCUUCGGUUGAACACGGGGCUCUAAUAGCCCUUCUUCUCUGUCUUUUUCUGGACUGUGAUGAGAGCUCACACAGGUAAUUAAAGUCCUGCAGAUCUCUCCCAAAAUGGACUUGCGCCCAUCACCUAAUCCUCUGCUCGCUAAUGAUGGACAAGGGAGUUCCGUCAAGUGUCAUUGUACUAUUCAGGCCAGACUCUGACUUUCCAUCUCACAGGCUUCCUAUUUUGAGGAACACAUGAAUAAUAAUAACUUGACUUGCAGAGGGAAACUGGGGCACUGUUAGGAUGCUGCUGGGCUCCCUGCCUGCCACGGUUCAUGAGCCCCACAGUCUUGAGACUUUUAAAUGUCUGAAAACACUUUACAGCUCUUAUCAAUUCAGUUUCUUUCCUCUUUCAGAGCAUUCCAGAAAUAUGAACUGCAUCGCACAUGAUAUGAAUGGUUUUUGAUGUAUUUUACUGUACAUUGACCAUGUUUUAAAUGCACACAGCAUAUUUUUAUUGUUGUAAUUAGACUGGAUAUAGUUCAAAGCAUACGUGAGGGCAAUUUAAAGCUAUCUGCUGCCAUCAGACUGAAGAGAGAUUUGGUGGCAAUCUGCUACUGGAACAUUUUAGCAUAGUUUUGCAACUCAUUAACGGAGUAAACUGGUACAGACUUAAGAUGUCAUUACAGUACACACUGAUGCACUUAUUCCAGCUUUGGGAGUCUGGUGUGAGAUGAGCUCUGCAUAAAUGCUGAAAAAGUUGAAAGCUUUGCUAAGCACCGACUUUGUGGCCUAGUUCCUUGUUGUGUAAAAUAGGUUGUUGAACAGCAGGGGGCACUGUUUCUCCUCAGUAGGGAGCCAAAACACUGCGGGAGUCAUGGUGUGCGUCUUUGUGAGAGAGUCGAAAGCUUCAGUGGUGUUGAUUUUUUGUUAAUAAAACAUAUUUUCUCUCUUAUUGUUGCACAGAAAUCGACUUGGAGUAUUCAGGGGUAUGCUUGAAAUUAUU